CCAGUUUCACUUCAUCUUCUUGGUGCGUUUCAAUCUUUUCCUCUCAAUCUUCUUCACUUCUCUUCGUCAUCGUCUUCUCUUCUUCUGCGCUCUCUUCGUCAUUGUUGUCGUCUUCUUCUUCGACCUCUUCCUCUCUUCCUACUCUUGAUCAUGUGUUUCCCAAAUGAGUGACUGUUGGUCCGGAAGUGAAGUUUAUACCUGAUAAAGUUGAGGAGGAAAUUCAUACGUGAUAUUUUGACAAACUAAACUUUGGUAAAGGAAUUUGUAAUCGAAAUAAUGAUGACGGGAAUAGGAGUAGGAGUAGCAUUUGCAGCGGUUGGUGUUGGAUGGGUUUAUAAAGGACUCAAACCUCCACCUCCAAAGGCAUAUGCAGUGAGUUCCCCAAGAGUAAAGCUGAGUGAUGGGAGGCAUUUGGCCUACAAAGAAGUUGGAGUUCCUAAGGAAGAGGCUCAAUACAAGAUCAUUGUUUCUCAUGGCUAUGAUGACUCCAAAGAUAUGCACUUUCCUGCCUCUCAAGAACUCAUAGAAGAGCUUAAGCUUUACUUCCUAUUCUACGACAGAGCUGGCUAUGGAGAGAGCGAUCCACAUCCAUCCCGCUCAGUGAAAACCGAAGCAUUUGACAUCCAAGAAUUAGCAGACAAACUGCAACUUGGCCCCAAAUUUUACAUAAUUGGAUGCUCAUUGGGAGCAUACCCCAUUUGGAGUUGUCUAAAAUACAUCCCCCACAGACUCCUAGGAGCUGCACUAGUGGUUCCUUUUGUGAACUACUGGUGGCCCUCCGUUCCUUCGGCACUGUCAAAACAAUCCUUCAGAAAGCUUCCUCAAUCUUUUCAAUGGAUAUUUGGGAUUGCUCAUUACACACCAUGGUUGUACCACUGGUGGACUAGAAAGAAAUUCCCAUCCACGGUGGAUGAGGGAAUGUUUACUGAUUCAGAUUUAGAAUUAUUGAAAGGGAUAUUAUUGGAACGUCCAGAUGAUGUGCAGAAGAAAAUAAAGCAGCAAGGGGAGCGUGAAUCUGUUAACAGGGACAUUCUGGCUGCUUACGGGAAAUGGGAAUUUGAUCCGAUUAUGGAGCUGAGCAAAAUUCCAGGGGGCUGCGUUCAUAUGUGGCAAGGCAGUGCAGACCGAGUGAUUCCUAUUGAAUUCAACCAUUUUGUGGCGCAGAAACUUGGUUGGAUUAAGUACCAUGAGAUUCCUGAUGCAGGCCAUAUGUUGGUUCAUGAACCUGCAAACUUUGAGGUCAUUGUAAGGGCACUUGUGGCUGAUGGAUAAGUACUUCACAUAACAGUAGUUCUUUUCUUUGUGUUGUUGCUGAUUUUGUAGGGAAUGGACCAUUUGUACAAUAUCAAAUCCGUAACUUGAAUUGGUGUUCUGCCGGGAUUUGCUUUGGUAAUGUUCAUGUUUCUUURUUUCUUGUAUCUCGUUUCUAGUUUGAUUUUGAAAAACAUAAAUGUUUGGUAAGGAAUGUUUAACUUUAGCUUGGUAUUUCUGCA